AUGACACCAUUCAAGCUCUUUAGAGCUGGCACAAAAGUGCUGCUACCUCUUAUGGCAGUACAAACGAAUGUCCAGGCAUCAUCUACGUGCACCAUGAAUAGUUCAGCAUCGACGACAGCCUACAGUGCAUCAGCCAGCUAUCUCGGAUGUUAUUUAGAUCCCAGCGUGACCAUCUUGACCGCAAAAAAACUUAGCACGGUUAUUAUGACGCCACAGUACUGUGCCAACUGGUGUGGUGAACGAGGUUUUGCAUAUGGAGGUGUAGAAUUCGGGACGCAAUGCUUUUGCGGUAGUAUGCCCGACUUUAGCUCCGCGAGCAAGACAAAUGACAGCAGCUGCAAUUCGGAAUGUGCGACAGAACCAUCUAGCUCAUGCGGAGGGACAUAUAUUUCAAAUCCGCAAGGGAACACAACGAACACUGGUUUUCUACCGGCCUGUCAAACACACCCUCUCUGCAGUCACCGAGUCUGUGAUACUUCAAUGAGCAUUGCUGAGCGAGUGAGCUCACUUGUUGAUUCCAUGACAUUGGAGGAAAAGAUUCUUAAUGUUGUCGAUGCUUCAGCCGGAUCUGCGCGCCUCGGUUUGCCACCAUACGAGUGGUGGAAUGAGGCAACCCAUGGUAUUGGCUCCGCACCAGGUGUUCAAUUCACCACAAUGCCAGCCAAUUUCAGUUAUGCCACCAGCUUCCCUGCACCGAUCUUGACAGCAGCCUCUUUUGACGAUGCUCUGAUUCGUGGGAUAGCUAAUGUAAUCGGCAAGGAAGGACGAGCAUUUGGCAACAACGGGUUUUCUGGAUUCGAUUUCUGGGCACCAAACAUCAAUCCUUUCAGAGAUCCUCGAUGGGGAAGAGGGCAAGAAACGCCCGGUGAGGAUGUUUUUGUUGUGCAGAGCUACAUCCGCAAUUUCGUCCCGGGACUUCAGGUUAUUGCGACAUGCAAGCACUUCGCCGUCUACGACCUUGAGACGGGCAGAUACGGGAAUGACUAUAACCCUACCCAGCAAGACCUGGCUGACUACUUCCUGGCUCCAUUCAAGGCUUGUGUACGUGAUACGGGUGUAGGGAGCGUCAUGUGUUCAUACAAUGCAGUUGACGGCAUCCCAGCUUGCGCGAACGAGUUCCUCCUUGAACAGGUGCUGAGAGAGCACUGGAAUUUUACUGCAGACUAUAACUAUGUUGUGUCUGACUGCGGGGCAAUCACAGAUAUCUGGCAAUACCACAACUUCACCGACAACGAAGAAGGUGCAGCUUCUGUGGCCCUCAACGCUGGAGUGGAUUUGGAAUGUGGUACUUCGUAUCUCAAGCUCAAUGAAUCCCUUGCAGCAAACCAGACCUCGCUUGAAGCCUUAGACAGGGCACUGACAAGGCUUUAUUCGGCAUUGUUUACGGUCGGCUUCUUCGAUGGCGGAAAGUACAGUGAUCUCAAUUUCUCGGACGUUUCGACCCCGGACGCACAAGCUCUCGCGUAUGAGGCUGCAGUUGAAGGCAUGACGCUUCUCAAAAAUGACAAAGUUCUUCCUCUGGGUCGUUCGCAUAAAUAUCAGAGCGUUGCCGUUAUUGGACCGUUUGCAAACGCGACAACUCAGAUGCAAGGGGAUUAUUCAGGCAUUGCGCCGUUCUUGAUAAGCCCAUUGGAAGCAUUUGAGAAUCAUGGGUGGGAAGUGAAUUAUGCUAUGGGCACAGCAAUCAAUGAUCAGAGCACCGCUGGAUUCCGCUCGGCUCUUGCAGCCGCGGAGAAGUCAGAUUUGAUAAUUUACCUCGGCGGCAUUGACAAUUCUAUGGAGGCCGAAACACUUGACCGAACUUCGCUUACUUGGCCACAAAACCAACUCGAUCUCAUCAACAUCUUAUCGAAGCUCCCUAAACCUAUGGUCGUUGUCCAAUUCGGUGGCGGUCAGCUCGAUGACAGCGCUCUCCUGCAAAAUGAAGGAAUCCAAGCUCUGCUUUGGGCAGGAUAUCCUAGUCAAAGUGGUGGCACCGCUCUGCGUGACGUCCUUCUUGGCAAGAGAUCAGUUGCUGGUAGACUACCAGUCACACAGUAUGCAGCCAGCUAUGCCGAUCAAGUAAGCAUCUUCGACAUCAACCUUCGCCCUAAUUCAGAUGGUUCAUAUCCUGGGCGGACAUACAAAUGGUACACUGGAAAGCCUGUAAUCCCAUUCGGCUACGGGCUUCAUUACACGGAGUUUAACUUUGAAUGGGAGGAAGCCUUGGACCAUGAGUACAACAUUCAGCAGCUUGUUGCCUUACGCCAAAGGAACCAUGGUGGCCCCGUUAACGACAACACGCACUUUGCCACCGUCAAAGCUCGAGUAAAAAAUGUUGGCCCUGAAGCUUCCGAUUACGUUGGCUUGUUAUUCCUUUCGAGCAACAACGCAGGCCCCACUCCACGGCCAAAUAAAUCCCUAGUGUCCUACUUGCGCCUCCACGAUAUUACAACCAGCAGCGAACAAAUAGCAUACUUUCCUCUUACGUUCGGCUCGUUGGCUAGAGCCGAUGAGAAUGGAAGCCUCGUUAUUUUCCCAGGUGAUUACAAGAUUGCAUUGGACAUAUUCGAAAGCUUGACUUUCAAAUUCUCGUUACGGGGGAAACCAGUGGUGGUCGAUACGCUUCCUAUGCCUGAUACACGUUAUAAUUUUACUGUUCCAGUCCAUAUGGAGCCAGCGUCCACUGAAGCACAUUGA